GCGCCCACCCUUUCCUCCCCUUCAGCGCACGCGCUAAACGCGCACAUGUCCGUUCCAACCGGAACGACCAAAUCGCCCCGUGAUGCCUCGACGGCGGCGCUGGCGCGGCGACCUCGCCCUUGCGGCGGCGAUUGCGGCGUUAGCGACGGUGGCUAUGGCGGCCGUGGGAGUGGCCGUUGGCGACGGCGGUGCGGAGUUUGACUACCGGAAGCUGUCGGGGAUAAUCAUCCCGGGGUUCGCGUCGACGCAGCUGCGCGCGUGGUCGGUGCUGGAUUGCCCCUACUCGCCCUUCGACUUCAACCCCCUCGACUCCGUUUGGCUCGACACCACCAAGCUUUUCUCUGCGUUAAAUUGCUGGCUUAAAUGCAUGCUGCUUGAACCUUAUAAUCAGACAGACCAUCCAGAAUGCAAAUCGAGGCCCGAUAGUGGUCUUUCUGCAAUUACAGAGUUGGAUCCUGGUUAUAUAACAGGUCCUCUCUCUUCAGUAUGGAAAGAAUGGGUCAAAUGGUGUGUGGAAUUUGGUAUUGAAGCUAAUGCGAUUAUUGCUGUUCCUUAUGAUUGGAGGCUACCCCCAUCAAUGCUUGAGGAGAGGGAUCUGUACUUUCACAAAUUAAAGUUGACUUUUGAAAUUGCAUUGAAACUUCGAGGAGGGCCGUCUUUGGUGUUUGCUCAUUCGAUGGGAAACAAUGUGUUUCGAUACUUUUUGGAGUGGUUGAAACUAGAAAUUGCUCCUAAGCACUACAUCCAAUGGCUUGACAAGCAUAUACAUGCAUACUUUGCAGUUGGCGCUCCUCUUCUUGGAUCUACUGAAGCAGUUAGAGCUGUUCUUUCUGGAGCAACUUUUGGUCUUCCAGUCAAUGAGGGGACCGCACGAUUAAUGUUUAAUUCAUUUGGAUCUUCUUUAUGGCUUCUGCCAUUCUCCAAACACUGCAGAGCUGACAAUAUAUACUGGAAGUAUUUUUUUGAGGGAAAGGGAGGUUGUACCCACAGACAACAAUGCGAUGAAAUGGAAUAUAUUUCAGAUUACUCUGGAUGGCCCACAAACCUCGUCAGUAUUGAGGUUCCUACAGUUCGAGAUAUGGAGGCAUACCCAUCUGUUAUGGAUAUAACCGAGAACCUAACAUCGAGCAUGGAGUGUGGAAAGCCAACUCUCUUGUCAUUUUCUGCCCGAGAAGUUUCAGAUGGUACUUUGUUCAAAACAAUAGAGGAUUAUGACCCUCAGAGCAAGGCACUUGUAUACCAGCUUGAGAAGUACUACCAGGGUGACCCAGUUCUCAAUCCUCUCACACCUUGGGAGAGACCCCCAAUAAAGAAUGUAUUUUGCAUUUAUGGGAUUGAUUCAAAGACAGAGGUGGGAUACUACUUUGCACCAAGUGGCAAACCAUAUCCAGAUAACUGGAUAAUAACUGAUAUAAUUUAUGAGUUUGAUGGGUCCCUACUGUCAAGAUCAGGUAAUUCUGUUUCUGGAAAGCCUAACAAUUCCAGUGGUGAUGGAACAGUAUCCUACAAUUCUCUCUCCUGGUGCAAGAAUUGGCUUGGGCCAAAACUGAACAUAACAAGGGCUCCACAGGCAGAACAUGAUGGUUCUGACUUACAAACAAGCAUGAACAUUGAGCACCAUCAUGGCCAGGAUAUAUUCCCAAACAUGACGAGAGCUCGACAUGUGAAGUAUAUAACCUACUAUGAAGAUGCUGAAAGUAUUCCAGGAUGGAGAACAGCAGUCUGGGAACUUGAUAAAGCAAAUCACAGGAAUAUUGUUAGGAUGCCAGUGCUAAUGCGGGAGUUGUGGCUUGAAAUGUGGCAUGAUAUGCACCCUGAUUCAAAAUCGAAAUUUGUGACAAAAGCUUUCCGUGGUCCAUUAAGAAACGAAGAUUGCCGCUGGGACUAUGCAAAGGCUCGUUGUGGCUUUCCAGAACACUGCGAAUACAGGUACACGUUUGGUGAUGUCCAUCUGGGAAUGAGCUGCAGAUUGAAAAAUACGUCAACUAACCUCCUUCAACAGUAUCUAUGAAAAUUUUUUGGCCGAGUCUCUCACAUGGGAAUAAUAUUCCAUUCCCCAUUUUUACUUGGCAAUGAAAUUACUCGGCACGAUAGAACCAGGAUAAAUUACGGCCCAGCCAAAAGCAGACCAAAUCGUGCUCUUGUUGGCAUCUUGAUACGAAGCUGUUAUAUCCAAACUGAAACACGUUCCCAUGACUACUUUUGGCCGAAUAUGGAAGUCAUGACAUUUCCAGGACUGUAUAGUUCUUAACACCAAUUGUUCAGCUUUCAGCCACGUGGAAAUCAUCUGUAGCAUAAGUACUUCCGAUGGCCUGAAGGUGCCAUGAGAUCACACUGAUGUGUAUAAUAAACACAGGUUGGGUCAUCUCGGAAAUCAAGCAUUCACAAAUUAACGUCUUGAAGAAUGGCAGUACUUUAAAUUA